AUGCCAUAUGGAGCUCCUACUGUGAAAUGCAAUGUCCAGUAUCCCGAGUACCCAGUUCACAAAUAUCAUCAAGCCGGGGACCUCAUCAUUGGUGGCAUAGCCUCUCAUGGAGUUUUUCUAUCUUAUGCCAAAGAUUUCAGAACAAAACCUCCACCCACAGUGGCUGAAGAGUUUAUAAUGCUUCCAAAGCAUUAUCAACAUAUCCUGGCUUUGUCCUUUGCCAUAAAGAAGAUUAAUGACAAUCCUCAAAUACUUCCCAAUAUCACUUUAGGAUUCCAAGUUUUUGACAAUUACUAUAGUGGAAAAUGGACCUAUCAUUCCACUAUGCUCCUUUUGUAUACAUUGGAGAAUUUCUUUCCAAACUAUAUUUGCAACAUGGAGAAGAAGCUGAUUGCAGUGAUUGGUGGACUGGAUUCUCUUACUUCUCUUGGCAUGAAGACUCUCCUGGACAUCUACAAGAUUCCUCAGCUCACCUACAGUCCCACUCCGGUGAUGAAGGAUCAAUCCUCUGGCCUCCCUUUCUACCAGAUGGUUCCUAAGGAAGAGCUUCAGUAUAAGGGGAUUCUGGCUCUGCUUCUGCACUUCAGAUGGAUAUGGAUUGGAGUGGUAGUUAUGGAUAAUGAGAACGGAGAAAGAUUUGUGCAAACUGUAUUUCCCAUGUUUUCUCAGAAGGGUGUCUGUUUUGCUUUCAUACAAAAAAUCCCUGUUGUAACAUUUAUUAAUGAUUUGUUUGAGAUGCUGCAUAAAGGGGAGAAUAUUUAUAAUGCUGUGAUCAGUAGUAAAGUUACAGUAAUACUUGUCUAUGGUGAAUCUCAUUCCCUGGGAUUGUUUAGAUUUGCAUCUUAUCUAUCAGAUGAAGAUGUAGACAGUAAACCUAGGAAGCUCCUAGGAAAACUAUGGAUCUUCACUGCCCAAAUGGAGAUUGUUUCCUUUGGAUUUCAAAGAUAUUGGGAUUUAGGAAUUUUCCAUGGAGCUUUAGGUUUUGCAUUUUAUUCCAAUGAUGUGUCUGGAUUUCAGCAGUUUAUUGAGAAUCGAAAUCCGUCCAUCACAAAAGGAGAUGGUUUUCUCAAAGGAUUUUGGGAGCAGAUCUUUAACUGUAAAUUUUUAAGUACAUCUAUCCAUCAAGAAGAGGUGAACAUUUGCACUGGCCAGGAGAAACUGGAGAGAAUCCCUGCACUCUUUUUUGAAAUGUCCAUGUCUGGCUAUAGCUAUAGUGUCUACAAUGCUGUCUAUGCUAUAGCCUAUGCUUUACAUGCCAUGUUUGCAUCUGGAUUCAAACACAAAGCAGUGGUGGAUGGUAGACUAUAUAUUCAUAACCAGCCAUUUUGGCAGCUUUCUAAUUUCUUGAGACAUUCCACAUUUAAUAACAGUAUUGAAGAAAGGAUAACAUUUGAUAAAGAUGGGAAUUUACUAGCUGGAUUUGAUGUAAUCAACUUUAUCUUUUCUGAAAACCAGACAGUAGUGAAAAUAGGACACAUAGAUUCACAUUUUUCUCCAGACAAAAUGUUAAUCAUCAAGAAAGAUGCCAUAAUAUGGAGUAGCUGGUUUAACCGGUCACAGCCCGUUUCUCUCUGUACGCCAAGCUGUUUUCCAGGUUCUAGUAAACAAGUCAUAGAGGGUAAGCCAUUCUGCUGCUACUCUUGUAACCCGUGUCCAGAAGGGAAAAUUUCAGAAAAUGAGGAUAUGAAUGACUGUUAUGAUUGCACAGAUGAAAAUUAUCCCAACAAAAGGCAGGAUUCAUGCAUCCCCAAAGAUAUAAGUUUCUUGUCGUAUAAAGAACCUCUGGGGAUCACUUUAGCCUGUUUUUCUCUUUUCUGUUCCACAAUCACAAUUCUGAUACUAAGGAUAUUUUUAAUGCAUCACAACACUCCCAUCGUCAAAGCCAGCAAUCGGGAUCUCACCUAUAUUCUCCUUGUCACCCUCCUGCUUUGCUUCCUGUAUACAUUACUAUUCAUUGGUCAGCCCAAUAAGGUGGCAUGUAUUCUUCGUGAAACUGGUUUCAGCAUCAUCUUCUCUGUGGCUAUUUCCUGUGUGCUGGCCAAGACUGUGACUGUGGUCCUGGCUUUCAUGGCAACCAAGCCAGGAAGCAGGAUGAGCCAUUGGGUGGGGAAAAGAUUGGGCUAUGCUUUUGUUUUAUUAGGUUUCUUAAUUCAGGUUGGGAUUUGCAUUAUAUGGCUGUCCAUCUCUCCUCCUGUCCCAGAUGCUGACCUUCACUCAGGAAAUGGAAAAAUUGUCCUACAAUGUAAGGAAGGGUCCAUGAUUAUGUUUUACUUUGCAAGGUGUUAUAUGGGCUUUUUGGCUAUGACCAGUUUUAUAGUUGCUUUCUUUGCAAGGAAAUUACCAGAUACUUUUAAUGAAGCCAAGUUCAUCACUUUCAGCAUGUUGAUUUUCUGCAGUGUUUGGCUCUCCUUUGUCCCAACCUACCUGAGCACGAAGGGAAAAUACACAGUGACUGUGGAGAUCUUCUCAAUGUUAGCCUCAAGUGCUGGGUUGCUGAUCUGUAUCUUUUUCCCCAAAUGUUACAUUAUUCUUCUAAGACCAGAGCUAAACAACAGGCAGCUAAAAAAAAGGCUUCCUAAUUUCUUGAGAUAUAUCACAUUUAAUAACAGUAUUGGGGAAAAGAUGGCAUUUGAUCAAGAUGGAAAUUUGGUAGCUGGAUUUGAUGUCAUCAAUUUUAUUUUCUUGGAAAAUCAGACAGUAGUGAAAAUAGGAAGAAUAGAUCCACACUCUCCUCCAAACAAAGUAUUAAUUAUCAAAGAAGAUGCCAUAACAUGGAGCAACUGGUUUAACCAGUCACAGCCUGUUUCUCUCUGUACCCCAAGCUGUUAUCCAGGAUCUAGUAAACAAGUCAUAGAGGGUAAGCCAUUCUGCUGCUACUCUUGUAACCCAUGUCCAGAAGGAAAAAUUGCAGAAAUUGAGGAUCUGAAUGACUGUUAUGAUUGCACAGAUGAAAAUUAUCCCAACAAAAAGCGAGAUUCAUGCAUUCCUAAAGACAUAAGCUUCUUGUCAUAUAAGGAACCUUUGGGUAUCACUUUAGUCUCUUUUUCUCUUUUCUGUUCCACAAUCACAAUUCUGUUGCAAUAUGAAAAAGAAGCUGAUCGCAGUGAUUGGUGGAUUGGAUUCCCUUACUUCUCUUGCUAUGAAGAUUCUCCUGGAGAUCUACAAGAUUCCCCAGCUCACCUACAGUCUCACUUCAGUGAUGAAGGAUCAAUCCUCUGGUCUCCCCUUCUAUCAGAUGGUUCCUAA